UGAGGGGAAAAAAAAAACUCCGGUUCCCAGUUACCAUUUCCCUCCUCCGCUCCUUUCCUUCCCUGUCCAAAUCAAUUCUUCUCCCCCAACCGCUUCUCCAUACACUACUCCGUCUUCUUCCUCUCUAUAUAGCACACCUCGAAAGAGAAUCGUCUCCCAAAAAAAAACACACAACCAAUCAACCAAAACAAAAAAGCCCUCUCCGGCCCCCAGUCAGCUCCCCGGACCAUCUCCGACCAGCCAGAUCCAGUUUCCAGAAAUGGGUUACCCGGCGAACGGCAACGGCCCAUUCAAGUUCCUCAUCUACGGCCGCACCGGCUGGAUCGGCGGCCUCCUGGGCAAAAUCUGCGAGUCUCAGGGCAUCGAUUACACCUACGGCUCCGGCCGGCUGGAGAACCGAACCUCCCUCGUGAACGACAUCGACACCAUCAAGCCCACCCACGUCUUCAAUGCCGCCGGCGUCACCGGCCGACCCAACGUCGACUGGUGCGAGUCCCAUAAGGUCGAGACCAUCCGGACCAAUGUGGUCGGCACUCUGACGCUUGCCGAUGUCUGCCGGGAGAAGGGCCUUGUCAUGAUUAACUACGCCACCGGCUGUAUCUUCGAGUACGACGACAAGCACCCUCUUGGGUCCGGUAUUGGGUUCAAGGAAGAGGACACUCCUAACUUCGCCGGAUCUUACUACUCUAAGACCAAAGCUAUGGUGGAAGAUCUUCUCAAGAACUACGAGAAUGUGUGCACAUUGCGAGUUAGAAUGCCAAUCUCAUCUGAUCUAGACAACCCGCGCAACUUCAUCACGAAGAUUGCUAGGUACGACAAGGUGGUGAACAUUCCGAACUCGAUGACCAUCUUGGACGAACUUCUCCCCAUCUCGAUCGAGAUGGCUAAGAGAAACCUGACCGGCAUAUGGAACUUCACCAACCCUGGAGUGGUGAGCCACAAUGAAAUCCUGGAAAUGUAUCGUGACUACAUCAACCCUAAUUACACAUGGAAGAACUUCACGCUCGAGGAGCAGGCGAAGGUGAUCGUUGCCGCCAGGAGCAACAACGAGAUGGACGGUGCGAAGUUGAAGAAGGAAUUCCCGGAAUUGUUGUCGAUUAAGGAGUCACUUAUCAAGUACGUGUUCAAGCCAAACCAGAAGACUGCUGCUUGAUGAUAUCUAUCAGUAAAAAACCCCUGUAGUGCUUGAAUUUUAGGGACAAAGUCUGCUGUGUGCUCAUUUUACUUCUUUGUUUUUGCUGCCUGGUUUUUGUGUUGCUGAUUAAUUCAUCCUCUGCUGGUUUGCAUUAUCUCUAUCCAGGGGUGUAGAGGAACUGUCUCUUGAAAUGAAAUUUGCAUAUUGUUGUUGUGACCUCUAUUCAUAAUUGAAAAGGAAUGUUGUAUUUGUAAACUCUACUAUGAAUAAAAGUUAGUUUGGAAAUGUGAGUUACGAAGGAAUGAUUGAGAAUCCAUUCAUUAGUAG